AUGCAACACGUCAAACAUCCAACGGAUUCCGAUGCUUUCCUGGGUAUGGGUGGAUUGAUAGAUCAAAUAGUGCAUGAUGGUCAGAUGGACGAAAGCCGCCUCGAUCAAAUACUUUUCUCAUCGAAUGCAGGUAAGACUGGUUACAUAUUCGAGGACACGCUACCUGCGCUGAUGCACCUUUGCCUCCUGAUGAUGAUUUCGAUCGAUCCAAGUCAUUCAGUGGGUUCUACGUUACCGGAUCAAACCACUAUGCGCCAGUCUCCUAUAACCGAGAGGAACAGCAACAAAUCUAUGGGAAAUUGUCGUUUUGGUGCAGGCAACCACAAUCCUUUUCAAAGUUACCCAUCUCAUCGUUUGCCUGGACUUCCUCCAAAUCAGGCUCGACAUAAUGGUGGUAUGGGAUAUCCGCCAAAUUCUCAACGGCCUUUGGUCGUUGGAGAUUCUUCAUCACAAGUACAUACUUACACACAGCUUCAGCCAAGAGCCUCAACCGCUGCAUAUCCUCCAGCAAAUUUAAAUAGCACUUAUCCGGCGAAGAAAAUACAGCAGGAAACAGAAAAAAUGUCUUCUCCAAUGGCAUGUUCGUCUUCGAAGGACCAUGAUCAGUCAGCGGCUACUGUCAGUGAAUCUGGCCCUGCAACGCCGUAG